UCAGAUUUAAAAAUGGAUACCUACUCUUCUAACGGUCAUCUUCUUCCUUCCAUUGUUACUCUCUUCCUGACUGUUCAUAUAUAUCAAAAAACUUUCCAAAAACUAAAAAGUGAACUCAAAUUCGAAGAAAUUGAUAUUUGAUUUCUUGUGUGACGACUCUACUAUGGAUAUGCGUACUACGCCGACUCCAUCAUUGAGCUCUCCUAAGUCUUCUGCAGUCCCAGAUCGUUCGCUUUCUGGGUCAAGAGAAUCGAAUGAAAAUGAGCAGCCACUUAACCAGAAACCCAUGACUAAGAAUUUCAUGUCACCCACUAUAUCUGCAGCUUCCAAAGCUUCAAUUCCAAUGAGGAAGAAGAUUUUGGCAGAAAGAAACGAACUUUCAACCACUUGUGAAAGCCUUCCUCACAAGGCCUCAAAUAUUGGGUCUAAGACCAAUUCCCUAAAUUCGACCUCUCAUUGUUCUGGAAAAUUACCUAUUUCUACCUACAGUUAUGCCUCUGAAUCCGACAAUGACCAAGAAAACAAUUCUGUAGUUGAUUCUUCAUAUAAACCAUAUGAUCCUCAUACUAAUGACCUUGGUCCAAGACCUAAGUAUCUCCGCUACCAGCCAAAUAGGCGUCGUGGGACCUUUCUUGAUCCUAAGAAAUCUGAUGAGGAUCAAGGGUCAUUGCAGCAAACUCAAGAUCCCUCAAAUCUGCCGGAAAUAUCUAAUCUGGAGCUGGGGAAUGAUGAAGAUGUGGUGGAGGAUAGUGUUGAGGAUGAUGAAGAAGAAAUGGAAGAAGAUGUGGACCGGGAAUGGAGUUUGAAAGGGGUCUUCAAGAUUCUGCUUUUAUUGGCUGUGUUCUUUCUAUCAGGCUCAAAUUUAUCAACCAUGGACUCCGUAGUGAGUUCAGAUUCUGGUGUUAUGAUUAGGAAGAACAUCUUUGAAGCUGUUUUCCAUGAAAUUUAUGGGAGUGACAGCGCAUAUGUGGAUCAGCCAGAGUAUUCUCAAAGUGGUUUUCUGGAAUUGUGUCAAAGAGAAACUACUAAUGAACUUAAGGCAGUCGAAUUUGUUGAAGAUACUGUGGAGUUGUUGGAAGUGGGAAGUGCUGAAAUGGAGGAAACAACUCAGCCACAGGAAAAAGGAGUGAGUGCGGAUGUUGAUGGUGAUGAAGAGGAGGAAACCAUGUCAACAGAUGCUGAUGAAGUUACUAUUUUCAAUGAAGUGGAUGAGGCAGAAGUUGAUGGUUUUGAUGAGCAGCUGCAGAGGGAUCAAGUUGAUGAGAAUAAUCCUGAACUAGAGAACCUUGAAGUAUUGCUUGAUGACAUUUCAAGCUCCAAAUUUAAGCUAGCAGAAGUAGACAACAACGAUGAGCAGCUCGAAAUAACCUCCCAGGAACAAACUGGAGAAUUAGAAAUACAGGAGACAGUACCAGGAGGAGCUGAAGAAAUUAAAACAGAAGUUGAAAUCAGUAAUUUUGACACUGAAAUAGAGUCAGAGAAUGCUGAAGUCAAAGAAAUUGGACCAAGUAAUGCUGUAAUUGUCGUUGGAGUUUCAGCAGCUUCAGCGCUUUUGGCUAUGGCUAUCAUCUAUGUUGCAAGGAAACCAAAUGCUUCUAUUGAAACUCCUCAAGCUGAAAUACUCAACAACUCAGCUAUUGCCAGUGUUGGAGGAGAACUCCUAGAGAAGAAAACUGAAACUUCUGUAAAGGUUUCAUUUUUACAAGAACCACUGAAUAAUCCCUCCGAAAAUCGCAGGAACUCUCACCUUGAGAGAAUACCUGCCAUUGAAUCCAUCACACGAGCUUCAUCUUUGUGUGGACCAACGAAAGAAGCAUCGAAAGAGAUCAGCCACUUCAGUGCACCAAAGAUUGAACUACUAGGUGAAAUGAUGGUUGGAGAAGUCAGCAGCUCCCUUAGAAGCUGCGUUAGGAAAAACAACAUGAUUGAAGCAGAAGGCAGCAACACUAACAUAUCUAAAGGUGUUGUUUUACCUCCUGCUCAGCCAUCUGUUGUGGAAACAGAUUCUCCAUCAUAUGGAAGCUUCACAGCUGAAAAGAAGAUCUUGAAGAAAAAGGUGGAGAAAGAUAGAGAAGAGAUCAAGAAGGUGGUGUUGACAACCCCAGUUAGGAGAUCAAGUCGAAUUCGAGAUCGUAUUGGAAUGUCCCCUUAAUAAAUUAGUUACUGCAGUAGUUCUUGUUUGUUUUAGUAGAAACAGCAUCUCUGCUGUUUCAUAUUCUUUGUGAUCUUCUUUCAGAUCAAAUUCUAGGAAUUCUGUAUCAACUGCUGCAAAAGCAUUAGAAUAGUAACUUGUAGGAAAUGAUGAUCUUAACUUUCAAUGGAGAGAGAUUUCAUUUA